AUGGCACUCCUGAGCCCAAUCUACUCGGGGAUGCCAAAAGGUCUUUUGCGCAUGCGCCAAAAUGACCACGCCCAGUCCCUAGACUCAUCUCGUCCUUUCUCCCAUUUCCCUUUGUUCACUGUUUCGAAUUUCGGAGCGCUAAUACCCCAUCUUCAAUACAGCUACGUCCCCCGCAAAUGCAGCGCGACGAACCGCAUCAUCAAGGCCAAGGACCACGCCAGCGUGCAGAUCUCGGUGGGCAAGGUCGACGAGAACGGCCGGUACACGGGCGAGAACCAGGUGUACGCGCUGUGCGGGUUCGUGCGGUCCCGGGCCGAGAGCGACGACAGCUUGAACCGACUGGCGCAGAAGGACGGGUUCCUCAAGAGUGUCUGGAGCGCGCAGGCCACGAGAUAA